AACCGACCACCGUUUUGCUUGUGGGUAGUGCGCAGUGCGCCUGCGGCGAACGUUAGAGUGCGACGCCAGACGCGGCGCUGCCAUCGGCAAACGUUCCAAUGCGUCAUCGUCGCCAUCAGCCUCGUCAUCUUUCCCAACCUCCGCAGAAGCGGAGAUUUUUGCUUAUGAAAUUCCAACAUUUCUCAAAUGCUAACAACAUCAAUGCUUAUCUCCCACUCAUAAAUUCAUAUAUAUUAUAUCUAUAUGCACAUCUUCAUUGAAUCUCUCUGCCUCUCUCUCUCUCCAGAGGUUCAACAACUCUCUGAAAUUGCAACAACUCUCUAUUCCUCUCUCUCUGGAAUUUCAUGGAGUCAGCCGCUGAGCGACGACUGAAAUCAGUCCAAGACCAUCUCCUUCCCACCACCUCUGAUCCUCACUCGCUCAUCCAUUCGAACAUCACCGCCGGAGAGUUUGUCCUCGGUCAGAGGUACAGUGUUGUUCUUCCAGAAAAAUUGCAAACAGGAAAAUGGAAUGUAUACAGAUCUGUGCACUCUCCUUUGAACUUUGUGAGCAGAUUCCCUGAUCAUCCUGAAAUUGGCACAUUGCAUGACAAUUUCGUACGUGCAGUUGAAACUUUCCAAGAUUACAAAUACAUGGGUACACGAAUCCGAGGGGAUGGAACUAUUGGAGAGUACAAGUGGGCAACAUAUGGAGAAGCAGGCACUGCUAGAUCAGCAAUAGGUUCUGGCCUUCUGUAUAAUGGGUUAUCAAAUGGAGCUUGCAUUGGAAUUUAUUUUAUCAAUCGACCAGAGUGGCUGGUCGUGGAUCAUGCAUGCUCAGCAUAUUCUUUUGUUUCAGUUCCUCUGUAUGACACUCUUGGUCCAGAUGCUGUGAAGUAUAUUGUGAAUCAUGCUGGUGUACAAGCUAUUUUCUGUGUGUCACAAACAUUAAACACGUUGUUGAGCUUCUUGCCUGAGAUCCCAUCCGUACAUUUAAUAGUGGUUGUGGGAGGGUUUGAUGGAUUCUUGCCCUCACUCCCAUCAACAACUGGGGUUAACAUUCUACCAUAUUCGGAGCUACUUAAUCAGGGCAAAAUAAAUCUUCAACCUUUUUGCGCUCCCAAGCCAGAAGACAUUGCAACUAUAUGCUACACAAGUGGUACCACUGGGACACCAAAGGGAGUUGUGUUGACUCAUGGGAACUUAAUUGCAAGUGUUGCUGGCACGAGUAUUUCAAUCAAAUUUUACCCCACAGACAUUCACAUAUCCUACCUUCCUUUGGCACACAUCUAUGAACGAACUAACCUUAUUCUGGGAGUAUACUACGGCGGUGCUGUUGGUUUCUACCAGGGGGACAAUUUGAAGUUGUUGGAUGAUAUAGCUGCUCUAAGACCAACAACAUUUUGCAGUGUUCCUCGGGUGUACAACAGAAUAUACGCUGGGAUUAAAAAUGCUGUAAAUACUUCAGGAAUUUUGAGGAGGAGACUUUUUAAUGCUGCGUAUAAUUCCAAGAAGCAGGCUAUAAUGAGUGGACGGAAUUCAUCAUUAAUGUGGGACAAAUUGGUAUUCAAUAAAAUAAAGGAAAAGAUUGGAGGAAGGGUUCGUAUUAUGACUUCCGGUGCUUCGCCUUUGUCUCCUGAUGUCUUGGACUUUCUGAGGGUAUGUUUUGGCUGUCCAGUAAUUGAAGGAUAUGGAAUGACAGAGACUUCUUGUGUUAUAAGCAGUAUGGAUGAGAGUGACAACCUCUGUGGCCAUGUUGGGUCUCCUAAUCCUGCUUGUGAAGUAAAGCUUGUGGAUGUUCCUGAAAUGAAUUACACGUCUGAGGAUCAGCCUUAUCCACGUGGUGAAAUCUGUGUCAGGGGUCCCAUUGUUUUCCAAGGCUACUAUAAUGAUGAAAUUCAAACGAAAGAAAUUAUUGACAAUGAUGGUUGGCUGCAUACUGGGGAUGUUGGGUUGUGGUUAACUGGCGGGCGUCUUAAAAUUAUUGACAGGAAAAAGAAUAUUUUCAAGUUGGCACAAGGUGAAUAUAUUGCCCCUGAGAAGAUUGAGAAUGUGUAUGCCAAGUGCAAAUUUAUUUCUCAGUGUUUUGUAUAUGGCGACAGCUUGAAUUCCUGCUUGAUAGCUAUUGUCUGUGUGGACCAAGAUGUGUUAAAGGAGUGGGCUGCAUCUGAAGGCAUCAAGUAUCAAGAUCUAGGACAACUGUGCAAUGAUUCAAGAGCAAGGAGAGCUGUUCUUGCUGACAUGGAUGCUGUUGGAAGAGAAGCUCAGUUGCGCGGUUUUGAAUAUGCAAAAGCUGUAACGUUAGUGCUUGAACCUUUUUCCAUGGAGAAUGGCCUUCUCACUCCAACAUUCAAGAUCAAGAGACCUCAAGCAAAGGAGUAUUUCGCCAAAGCAAUAUCAACCAUGUAUGCAGAGCUUUCUGCAUCUGAUGUGAAGCUGCAAAAAAUGCUGUGAGUGGUCUUUUGGGAUCAAUCAUAAAGGUGGGCUGUGAGUAACAAGCAUAAAAGAAUGUCAUCUAUAUGUGUAGGUGGUAUAUAAUUGCCUUGAUAAAAAUCACCGGUGAUUAUUGUAAUUUCGGUUGGUUGGGGUGCCUGCCUGAGCUCCAUUUAUUGGAGACGACAUUGUUUCUUUGUAAUGUGUCACAAGCUUUCAAAUUUUUGAUCAAUUUUAUCUGAAUGUUGAAUUCAGAAGGUUUGAUUCUUCAAGAAAGCAGGGAUGUUGCAAUUGUAUCUAAUUGUUCAAAACAUUCCAAAGGUUUGGUAAAUGGAAAAUGGUUUAUAAAA